AAUAUGAAAGAGACCUUAAACUUAGAAAGUGGUCAAUGUAAUAAAAUUAUUGAACUUUUCUGUUAGUGCCACAUAAAUGACUGAAACAUCUGAACUAUAUUUUUACCUCAACCUCCUGGUGUCGGCUCGGCUCCUACAAUAUAUAAUCUUCCAUGACCACAAUAAAAUAAAUUCAAGUUCAGACCACAUAUCACCUCUUUUGAUUAUUCACACUAUAAAAUCCAGGUCUGCCUCCCUUCAUUUGGUCUUGGCUCAGAUCAAUUGAACAUCCUAUUGCAAGUUUUUUUCUUCUUUUUUCCAUGUGGGUUUUCCACAGAUCCGAUGUCCCCAAAGUGAGUGAAUUGUUUUUGACCUGAGACAAUCUGAGGGCGUUUGUGUUUAAAGACCAUGAGAAGGGGAGUAGCUGGUCACAACCUUGAGAUUCCAUCAAGGAGAGGGCAGUUGGGGAGCAGACAUUUGAAGCAAUUUAGCGCAGGCGUAAAAGUAAUAGCAGGGAGGUUAUCAGUAGCUCUGUUGGUUUUGCUAAUAUGCACCGUAUCUCUGUUUUCUCGUAUCCGAGAUGACAAGCUUAUUGCUCAAUCACAGACAGUUGGAUCCAGUGGCACUGAAGAUGCUUUUACACUACAGAUGGAUGUGGGAAUACUUUGGACUGGUGCUCCUUCUGAUGGUUGGAGGCCAUCCUCGGCACCAAGAUCUUACUGGCCUCCACCACCGAAGGAGAGCAAUGGAUAUUUAGUGGUUCGUUGUAAUGGUGGUUUAAAUCAGCAACGUAGUGCGAUAUGUAAUGCUGUUCUUGCUGCUAGAAUAAUGAAUGCAACACUUGUUUUGCCUGAGCUUGACACAAAUUCAUUUUGGCACGAUAAGAGUGGCUUUGCAGGUGUUUAUGAUGUUGAUCAUUUUAUCAAAUCUCUUAAAUAUGAUGUAAAGGUUGUACAGAGUUUACCAGAAGUGCCAGUGACUGGGAAGAAGAAGAAAAAAAUGAAGCCUUUUCAGCUUCGUCCCCCAAGAGAUGCUCCUCCAAGUUGGUAUGAAACAGUUGCAUUGGAGAAGAUGAAAGAACAUGGUGCUGUAUAUCUUACUCCAUUUUCUCAUCGUUUGGCAGAGGAGAUAGACAAUGCUGAAUACCAGAGAUUGAGAUGCAGAGUAAACUAUCAUGCUCUUAGAUUCAAAGAAGAUGUUAUGAAACUGAGUACUAGUAUUGUCAAUCGGCUUCGUUUAGAAGGUCAUUUUAUGGCAAUACACCUACGCUUUGAAAUGGAUAUGCUUUCAUUUGCUGGGUGCUUUGAUAUCUUUGCUCCAGAGGAACAGGCUAUCUUGAGGAAGUACAGAGAGCAAAAUUUUGCAGAGAAACGACUUGUAUAUUCUGAAAGGAGAAUUAUUGGAAAAUGUCCGUUAACUCCAGAGGAGGUUGGCCUUAUACUUAAUGCCAUGGGAUUUGAUAAUUCAACUCGCAUAUAUUUGGCUGCUGGCGAACUAUUUGGUGGUCAACGUUUCAUGAAGCCCUUGCAUGCCUUGUUUCCUCACCUGGAAAAUCGGAGCACAGUCGCCUCUGCUAAGGAUUUGGCAGCAGUAAAAGCAGAUGGAAGGGGGUUACUGGGCCCUGCAGUUGAUUACAUGGUCUGUCUUCUUUCGGACAUAUUCAUGCCAACAUAUGAUGGUCCUAGUAACUUUGCCAAUAAUUUAUUGGGACACCGUCUAUAUUAUGGUUUUCGGUCCACCAUUCAACCUGAUAGAAAAGCACUGGCUCCAAUUUUUAUUGAUCGUGAGAGAUCCCGCACUCGGAACUUCGAAGCCCUGGUGAGGCUAGUAAUGCAGAAGACACCAUUUGGUGGUCCACACAAGCGGAUUCAUCCAGAGUCAUUUUAUACAAAUCCGUGGCCUGAAUGUUUCUGCCAAAUUUCUACAGAGAGUGUUGAGCAUAAGUGUCCUACCAUAAAAUUCAUGGAAGUUGUGAAAAAUCAAUCCUCUGAUAUAAAUGGUCUGGAUGUGUUGUCCACUAAAAGUCUUUUGAAUCAUUCUUUGGAUGGAAAAUCAAUUAUGCACGGUGCAUAAUUGAUCUAGGAUGGAUUAGUUUUUUUGUUAACUCAGCACUCAUUGUGCUCCACUAACAACGUUUAACAAUUUGAAAAAUAUAUCUUCAUCAAAUGCCCAUUGCUUUACUAUAUUCACUAUUGGAAUUUUGUAAAGGAUGCUUUAUCAAUCAGUUAUUCUUAGGAUUCUUUCAA